AUGCCGCUACAGCUAUUUCGUGCCAGAAAGGCGCGUGUCUGUAAUGAACACGUGGAGCAAAAUCUGUGGCAUUUACUUCCUGUAGAAGACAACUCUUCUGAGGAAUUCACUGCAGCUCAAAUAAUGACUAUCGUGUCGAUGUUACAAAGACAUAUUACGGAGGAAAUACUUGAUUUUGAGCAGUAUGAAAAUAUAGCACCAGCCGAGUUUCAUACUUGGACAGGACUGACUCAAGAUCAGUUUACUGAAUUAUUAGACAGUUUACCAAGUCUGAGAACUAAAAAGAAUAAAAGAACCGUACUGGCGGCAGUAUUAGUCAAGUUAAGAACAGGUGACUCGAACGCGCGGCUUGCUAAUAUUUUUAAAUGUAGCGAAACAGCGUUUCAUACUCGUACGUGGUUAAAAAUCGGACCCAACGCUCCGUUAGAAGAUUUUGUGCCCUUAAAUGUUGGGUUUGACCAUAUUUCCCGUGAGGAUGUAGCACACAGGAAUCUUUUUCUACCCAACAAUCUGUUUGGGAACCCAUCGAGCCCAGAAGAUGAAAGGAAAGUUAUCACGAUUUGUGAUGGCACGUACAUCUAUCCAUAUCAAAAAAGUGGAAAUUAUUUUUUCCAACGCAAGUCUUACAGCCAUCACAAAUACAGAAACCUCCUAAAACCGUUCCUCUUGGUUUCUUGUGAUGGACACAUUAUCGAAGUUAACGGACCAUAUGCUGCCACCACGUCUGACGCAGAUAUAAUGAAUGAUAUGCUUAAUAAUGCUGACAGUGCCUUCCACUGGUUUUAUAGGAGUGGCGAUGUUUUUAUUCUGGACCGUGGUUUUCGAGACUCAGCAAGAAAUCUGGAAUCUUGCGGAUACGUACAACAUAUGCCCCAAACAAAAUGUGCUCAGUUUACUUUAAUGACUGUAGAUAUGCCAGAGUUUGUAGAUUUUCCAAGAAUUGAUGAGAACGAAUUAUUAUUAUUCGCUCUGGGCGUUUAUCAACUAAAACAGGCCAAAAGCUAUUACGGUGAGUACGUCCUUGACAAUGGAGCAUUCACAAUUGAGCUCAGCAAUGAGUUAUCAAAUGAAGACUUGGCGGAAUUGCAGGGCAAUGAUUUAUGGAUGAUAAGAGGCCGACUGCAAUCGCGGCAUGUUAGAGCAAGACAGUAUUAUGUCUACAUUAUAAUCGGUAGGAUAGGAUCAGGCCGACAAGCAAUCGCUCACUAUUAUUGUUCGUGCAUCAUAUGA